GCCCCCUCGGUCUAUUAAGACCCACGUACGUCCCGGACACGGAAGCCCUCGGAAUCCACGAACGGACGCAUACUCUAGUUGUGUAUUUCUGAACGAUGCCUCCUAAGAGGAACGUGCGAAAUAAAACCGAUGACUCAGAUGUCGACAAAAGUGUGACAAAGGCGAGUGAGGAUGAUAAAAAAUUGGAAAAGCAAUCCGCAAAGUUUGUUCCUAAAUCCCAGAAUAAAGCACUAGUAGCUCAUGUUGACAAAGCCGAGGCCGGCCCUUUAAAGUCUCGAAAGAAAGAAAAGACCAAAAAGAAAGAAACGUGUCCUAACGGGUCGGUGAUCUCUGAAGAAGCGAAAAGUCAAACGGGACCUUGCCGUGCUGUCCGCCAAUUUGAGGAUUGCACAAAUUUCCUGCGCGAUCUUUCCGAUACUCAUGCUGUUGGAUUUGAGGAACCCGAAAAAUUAAGUGACUUUGAUGAGGAAUUCUACGCUAAGAAGCGUAAAGCUGGUAGGAAGAAACCGCAGAAAGUUGAGUUUGGUAACAGGUCUACACAAGCUGCGAAACACGAGACGGGGAGUCAAGGUGAUGAGAAUCACCCAGAUAACAUUAGAGGAGACGAAGAUGAAGAGUUCAUCCUAACUUCCUUUAGCACUGUGCUGCUUGAAGAUUUCGACAAACCUCUGCACCAUGGUAGCCGUUUCACACAACUCGGUGGCUUUGGGGCAGCUGAAUCUGUGGAUGACAUCUCGCACGAAGAGUUGGAGGCAGAUGGUAUUUCUGUGCCUAAUGAUGCUGAACCUGUUGCAAAUGUUGGAAAUGAAUUAAUUCCUGAUCCGCCUAUUGAAACCACCGUAGUGGUACAGGCUGAAACAACCGACCAUAUUUCCUCUGAAACAGCGGCAACGGAGCAAGUAAAAAUAUCCAAGAAGGAAUUAAAGAAGCUUAAAAAACGCGAGGAAUUUGAUAGGCUAGUGGAGUCAGCAAAAGAGAAGGUUACGGCCACGAGUGGAAUGUUGGAUAACUUCGCUCUUUCUCAGGCACCACUUGGCGUCAAGUCUAAGAGCACACAAGAUACUCAACUGGAUAUCAAAGUGGAGAAUUUUUCAAUCGCUGCCAAGGGAAAAGAUCUCUUUGUUAAUGCCUCUCUACAAAUUACUCACGGACGUCGAUAUGGUCUUGUAGGUCCAAAUGGACAUGGAAAGACUACACUUCUCCGCCAUAUCGCUUCUCACGCGCUGAAUAUUCCGAGCAACAUUGAUGUCCUACUCUGUGAGCAGGAGGUAACUGCUGAUGAAACACCGGCUUAUGAAAUGGUCCUCAAAUCGGACACUCGGCGGUUGGAGCUACUGGCCGAAUGCGAGAGACUGAAGGCCCAAGUGGAAGAAGAUCACGGACAUGAAACGCUAAAUCGACUGACGGAGGUUUACGAAGAACUUACUGCGAUGAAGGCCGAUGCUGCUGAAGGUAAAGCGAGACGCAUUUUGGCCGGUCUGGGUUUUACUGCACGCAUGAUGGAACGGCGCACCAAAGACCUUUCCGGGGGUUGGAGAAUGCGUGUCAGUCUGGCUAGGGCACUAUUUCUUGAGCCGACUUUUCUGUUACUUGACGAACCAACAAAUCACUUGGAUCUUAACGCUGUUAUUUGGCUCGACAACUAUCUGCAAGGUUGGAAAAAGACCCUGCUUAUCGUUUCUCAUGAUCAAUCGUUCUUGGACAACGUGUGCACGGAUAUAAUACAUCUGGACCGUCAGCAGCUGUUUUACUAUAGAGGCAACUACAACAGUUUCAAAAUCAUGUUAGCCCAGCGGCGUAAAGAAGACCUGCGCGAGUACGAGAAGCAAGAGAGGCGACUCCGUGAAUUGAAAAACAGCGGUUUGAGCAGCAAGCAAGCUGUGGCGAAGAAUCAGCGUGAGGUGUUGACUCGAAAACAAGCAAAGAGCAAACAAAUGCUUGGUGACACACAGGAUCGCUCCGCUGCACCACCACAGCUACUCUCCAAACCGAAGGAAUAUGUGGUGAAGUUCCAUUUUCCCGAUCCACCGCCCCUUAGCCCUCCUUUAUUGGGUCUGCACAACGUGCUUUUCGCCUACCCUGGUCAGAAACCGCUGUUCCGUGAUUUGAAUUUUGGUGUCGAUAUGUCCUCCCGUAUAUCUAUCGUCGGACCGAAUGGUGUUGGCAAAUCCACUUUCCUCAAGCUUCUCACCGGUGAAGUCGAACCGGUUCAGGGCGAACACCGUAUCAGUCAUCGUGUCAAAAUCGGCAAGUAUGACCAGCACUCGGCCGACCAGCUGGACUUGACUUUGUCCCCGACGGCGUACCUCCAAAAGUUGUUCAAUUUGCCUUACCAGGACGCUAGGAGUACACUGGGCAAAUUCGGUCUGGAAGCACAUACACACCUUAUUCCCAUUGCGGAUCUGUCUGGAGGUCAGCGGGCCCGUGUCGCCUUCGCCGAGCUAUCUAGACGAGCUCCGGAUAUUUUGAUCUUGGAUGAGCCGACAAACAACUUAGACAUUGAAUCCAUCGACGCUUUAGCUGUUGCAAUUAACGAGUAUAAAGGAGGUGUCGUCAUUGUUAGUCACGAUGAGCGACUAAUUCGCGACACCAACUGCACAUUGUGGGUUAUUGAAGAUUGCACAAUCAACGAGAUCGAUGGCGACUUCGACGAUUAUCGUCGUGAAAUUCUGCACUCGUUGGGUGAAGAACUGUUCAAUCCAAGCAAGGUCGCAGCUGCCUCCGGUUGUCUUACCUGAGGUUACUUCUCUUUCUUUGUUCAGUACCACUCAGAUUCUUUUCGUGUUCGAUGCCAAUAUCUCAUUUUUGUCCAUCCUAUUCCCUCUUAUUUUCUCACAGCUUUCCUAUACGUCAAAUGAUUUAGGGUUUUUCCACUACGAUCUGUGUUUGCAGCUCCCUUACUAUGUCAACACCGCCCCUCUUUCGAACAGUGUCACAGCCAUCUGCUUCUCUGUCCUUCACCGAAUAAGUGAUCCUCCCUACCUACGACUUCAUGACCUUCCGUUUAUGUUGCUCGUGCUGAAAAAGAUGAAUUCUACUUGUUAUAACUGCCUUUUCACACACACACACACACCUGAUGUAGUGUCUCAUGUGUACAAUAUCAUAUCCCGGAUCCAAUCCACUACCUCUGCCUUGGUUUUGGCAUCCUAGCAGAUCGCGGCCCUCCUGCAACAGUAAGCGGUUACACGGCAGCAAAGUAUUAUUACGAAAUACUGGUUUACCGCUUUCACCUUUUUUGACCUUAAACACACACCCGACACAUUCCAUACAGUUCGCCUGCUCUGACU